CCCCGGACUUCAGCUCUGGAAUCUCGUGCCGUCCAUUAACGCUAACACUCACCAAAAGGCUUGGUUGGCGAGGGCAGCGUGGUAUUGCUUGAUUCUUGUGGUACUUCAUCACUUGUACUUCCUUCUGGACUCUCUCUUUCACCUUCUUUUGUUGUUCCUAUUCGACUCUCGUUAUCAUCGUCUCGAGUCGAGUUACGCGGUCGUUCGUUCAAUGUAACUGGCUUGCACCACCACCUGCCUUACCAUGUCUCCUACAUCACGUCUAUCCCUCCUCGCUCUAUGCGCGACAGCCGCGCUUGCGCAAACACCGAUCGCCCCCGUCGACAAAUGGAGCGCCAGUGGCAUGGAACAUUUCAUUACCAGGCCUGAAUUGAUUGCCCCACGAUACAAAGUUAACAAGAUCCACCCCGAAGCCAUAGCUCCAGGCUACUGGUUCGUCACUCCCUACUACGUCACAGCGCAAGAGCAGCGCAAAGAAACGCUCGAGUACAUUCCAUGUCAAACGGGAGCACAUAUCUUCGAUGGCGAUGGGCACCUAGUAUGGAGCGGAGCCUGCCAAUACGAGAACCGAAACAUCUUCGGCUUCCGACCAGUCGAGAUCAACGGCACCCAACACUUGUCCAUGUGGCUUUCCCGACAAUUCGUCGGCAUGCCCAAGGAGAGAAUCCCGGUCAAGGAUCAGUCCGAGUCCGGCGUCAUUCUCAACAACCAAUACGAAGAAAUCCACCGCCUGAUCCUCCCCCACGCCUUGGACUGCCACGAAUUCCGCCCGCAGCCCGAUGGCAAAACCAUCCUCCACACGUGGCAUGAGCGAAUCGAUGUCGACACUACUGGUUCCAAUCUGCCGCAUGUGGUAGAUGGUGAGAAGCGCAAGGUGCUCAAUGGCGGGUUCUGGGAGACGGAUCUUACGACCCACGAGCCCGUCUUUGCCUGGAGUCCCCUUGAACACGGACUGCAUCUGAACGAAAGCUACGACACCACGGGAUCAGGCUGGGUCGGCACUGACGACCAUUCCGAUGCCUGGGAUUACAUUCACAUGAAUGCCGUCGAUAAAACCACCGAUGGCGACUACAUCUGCUCCGGCCGGCACACCAGCGCGGUGUACAAGGUGUCCAAGGAUGACGGGCACAUCAUCUGGCGCCUAGGCGGCAAGCGCUCCGACUUCGUCAUGGACGCCGACGUCCCCUUCUUCUGGCAACACCACGUCGCCUUCCUCUUCGACAACGCCACCCACACCAUCAUCUCCGUCUUCGACAACGCCGGCGAGGACAAGGGCCGCAACACCUCCAUCCCGCAAAUGGUCUCCAAAGCCAAGCUUAUCGUCCUCGACACCGCCGCCCGCCCCAUGACCGCUAAGAUCCUGCGCAAUUUUGAGCGCCCCGAUGGCGACCGCACGCCCAUGGGCGGCUCCGUCUACCCGCUCGGCGACGACCCGGCGACAGCCAACAUCUUCGUCAACUGGGUGCUCCCCGGCUACGUGAGCGAAUACGACAGCAACGACCGCCUGAUCCUCGAAGCGCGCUUCGAAACAGAUGCGGUGAAAGGCUACCGCGCCUUCAAAUCCGACUUUGUCGGCCGGCCCACCGAGCCGCCCGCCUUCAAAGUGCUGCCAGUCGGUUACGGCAAAGACGAAGCCGCGUCCGCCUUCUACGUCAGCUGGAACGGCGCGACGGAAGUCGUGGACUGGACCUUCUACGGCGCCGACAGCGCUUCCGGGCCCUUUUACAAACUCGAGACGGUGAAGAAGCGCGGCUUCGAGACCAGCUGGGUCAUGCCGGGCGUGGUGCAGUACGCGUACGCCGAAGGCGUGGACAAGAACGGCAUCUCGCUUGGGCGCAGCGCCGUCGAGUCCUUGGUCUACCACGGCGCCGGGGGGUACAAGAUCGCCGCACCGGCGCUCGAGGGCAUCAAGCAGAUGGCGAGUCCGGUGAGCGGGCGCCCGGUUUCGAGCGAGCGCCUUACCACCAUCACCGCUCAGCAAGUCGCUGACUCGGACUCGUCGGUGUUGCCGGCGACCGAUGGCCUGCUGAAUCAGCAGCUCUACGGCUUCUUCAUCUACUGCCUCGCGCUGUUUGGGCUCAUCUGUGGUGCGCGGAAAAUCUACACCACGAUGGUGUGGAGGAAGAAGGGAUACUCGGCGUUGCCUGCGUUUCGGGUGGAUGAUAAGUAGAGGUCAUUUUGACUGGCGUUUGGGGCGGGAAAAUUGAGUGCUGCGUAAUUUAGCGACUUGUUUCGACCAUCGGCAAUUCUGCUGAUGAUGGCCUUCUUUGUACAUACUUUUGAUCACAUUUCACAUACUCUUUCUUCCAAAGAUCUUCUUCUGAAUACGAGAGAAUUGGUACAAUUGAAGGCAACAGGUAAUUCAAUUCG